AUGGAGGUCGCCUCAUCAGGCGUGCCGAAUGGCAUUUCAGCGCCAGAGACGACGGCCCUAGUCGACUCCGAUGCUGUUGUCCAGUACCUGACGGAGGUGCUCCAGGUAACACUGGGUGCCCAAAGGUCCGAGCUGGAAGGCGAGGGGAGCUUGCUUUCAGAAUCGAAAUACAACGAAACCUUGCAACGGUGUACGCGAUUCGCCUCCGAGUCCCAAGUUGCGCUCUACGUACAGAAGGAUAUUGUGGCUACGGAAGAACCAAACGGUGAAGCGCAGGACCAAGGUGGGCUGAACCCAACCUUCAGGACCGUUGAAGAUAGGAAUGCUGACUAUAUUGGAAUAGAAGCAGUUGUCCAAUAUGCUUACAACCUUUGCGCCGACAUUUCGUCUGCUCCCACCACGGUGGCCUCGUUAGCGAUAAUCAAGCGACCCGUUCCAAUCGACCCAACGCUCCCGAUGGCGUCGCAAGUCCAAGUUAUGAACCUCCCCGGCCCGGCCUCUCUGAACAACGCCCCUACUCAGCAGGGUAAUUCUAUGCACUACCAGAUCCUACACCUGCUGUUACAUCAUGGCCUCAGUCCCUAUUUUGAAGCGCACACCCGCACCCAAGACACGGCCGUCGGCACGAAAUCGAAGACGGAUACGGAGGCUAAGACUGGUAUUCCGGGCACCAGGAAGAAAAUGGCGGAUCUCGAGUUGGGAUUGAUGCAUCUCCAGCAGAAUGUAGAGAUCCCGGCUUUGAAUCUCCCUUUCCAUGAGGUGGUACAGGCUGCGCUGAAGGAAGCCGAAGCACGCGGCAUCAAACCUUCGGUCGAAUUGAUUCCGUCGACUGUUCUCGAGAGCAGUGCUUUCACGAACAGUAUCCAGAAUGUUGUGAACGGCUGGAUUCGGUCGAUUCAGACGAUCACCAAGAUGUCCCGCGAUCCGGAUAGCGAGUCUGCUUCCCCGGAGGUGAACUUCUGGCUUUCCAUGGAAUCUGCCCUAGAGGGAAUUGACGCCCAAUUGCACAGUGAAGGUGUCAAGCUGACUAUGGACAUUCUUCGUCACGCUAAACGUUAUCAACCAACUCUCAGUUUCAGGGCGGAUACUGGACUGAAGGAUGCCACCGAGUUGGUCCAGAAAUACAACCAGCUUAUGCGAGACUUCCCUCUUGACGAGCUUCUGUCUGCUACUUCCCUUCAGAAGGUCCAGGAGUCUCUGAACCUGAUCUUCAACCACCUGAACAAGAAGCUGAAGAUUUGCCCUUAUCCCAUCAAGCGUGCCCUCUCACUUGUCGAGGCUAUUUCUGGCGAUCUUGACAAGAAGAUCCAUGAGCUCAUUGCUGGACGCGCAAUAUUGCACCUGGACUACCGCGAGUUCAGAUCACUGAUGAAGAUCACACAAGCAAUCUGGCGUACUUGGGAUGAAAACUUGAAGGAAUUCACCAACGUUGCGCGUGAGUCAACACGGCGUCGUAAUGAGAAGUUCAUUCCCAUCAAGAUCAAUGCGCGACACGACAAGACUCGCGAGCGUGUGAAAUAUGUGGAUACUUUCAGAAUUAACCACGAACAACUCCAGAAAACCAUCAUCAAUGUGCUUGGACCCAACAGCUCUUCAUCCGCUGAGACAGCUGCUGGUGUUGAUGCCGAUGGCGCCGUAAUUGUCGAGGAAAUUGGUGACGUUGAUGCCGUGGAGGAGGUUGCGCAUGCUUAUGCCGCGCUGAAGAAUGUCGACGUAUUGGAUGUUUCUCCAGCGGGCUCCCUGACCUGGGAACAGGCUGAGAUCGCUUACAGCGAGCGCACUUCUCGUGUCGAGAACUCCAUUAUUGCCCGUCUGCGUGACCGUCUAGCGACAGCUAAGAAUGCCAAUGAGAUGUUCCGCGUGUUCUCAAAGUUCAACGCCCUGCUUGUCCGCCCCAAGAUCCGUGGUGCCAUUGGCGAGUAUCAAACACAGCUCAUUGACAAUGUGAAGCGCGAUAUCAGUGCUUUACACGAACGCUUCAAACAACAGUAUGGCAAUUCUGAGGCUCAUGCCAUGGCCCAAUUGCGUGACCUGCCGCCUGUUUCAGGUGCUAUCAUCUGGACUCGUCAGAUUGAGCACCAACUUGAUGGCUACAUGCGAAAGGUUGAGAAUGUCCUCGGUGAAAAUUGGCAUCUGCACGCCGAGGGACAGAAGCUGCAAGCUGAAGGAAACUUGUUCCGCAAGAAGCUCGACACUCGACCUGUCUUUGAGUCUUGGCUUUGGGAUGUUCAACGACGCCACAUCACAAUCGCUGGACGGUUGUUCAACGUCGUUCGCAACCGCUCAGCCGGUAACACACUCGAACUUGCAGUGAACUUCGACGCCCAGAUCAUUGCCCUUUUCAAGGAAGUCCGAAAUCUCAUUUGGCUCAACUUCCAGGUCCCUCACGCAGUCAGCAACAUCUCCAAAGAGGCGAAGCGUGUUUAUCCGUACGCCAUUAGUCUGAUGGAAAGUGUCCGCACGAUGUUGCAGACAAGUCGCCAGAUUGCCUCCAUGGCCGAUGCCAACAUGCUGCUCAAUGGUUACAUGAACGAUGUACAGAUUAUGGUUGCCAAAGGUGUUCCCCUUCGAUGGGAAUCUUUUGUUCAUUCUUAUGAGCUUCAUGUCAAGCAAUCAGCAUUGGCGAACGGGGCCAUCGAGUCGUCUUUGCCUGGCCGCUCUGAAAGUAAGCAUGUCCAAUUUGUGCGCGAGUUCGCAUUCUCUGCCUCUACGCUUCAGAGUAAGACUACUGUGCUUGAUUCCAUCAACGAGAACAUCCAGAAGUCCAUCCACGAGCUCAAGACCUGUCCAUAUGAUGCCACUGCAUUCAAGCAACGUCUGGACAGCAUCCAGGUUGCGGUCGACAAACUCAACCUUGAGAACUAUGUUAACCUUGGUUACUGGGUUGCUCAGCUCAACGCCACAAUCCAAACGAUUCUGCGUGAUCGACUUCAUCGUGCCGUUCGGGAGUGGAUAGCUGUCUUCCAAGAUUCCACCAACGAGAACACAACUACCUCUCAUCACAACGCAGCUGAGACGGAAGCCUUGAGCUACAAGAUCCAGUUCCCUGAGCUUCUCCACGAGAUCUUGAUGAAGAAUCAAGUUCUGCACCUGGAUCCGCCCUUGCAAUAUGCUCGUGCAAGCUGGUUCUCUCAUUUCGACACUUGGCUUGGUGUGAUUUGCAACCUUGAAAAGAUCAAACCUUCGCGUUACCAGAUCUCCAUUGGUGUUCAGAAUAUUCGCCAAUCCGAAGUCUGCUUCUCUGAUCUCCCGCAGAACUGCACAGACGAGCUCAAUGAAGUCUAUAACGUUGUCGAAACAAGGCUGAAGGGGGUUUCGGAGUAUGUCGACAAGUGGCUGCAAUUCCAAUCGCUUUGGGACCUGCGGUCUGAGCAAGUCUACGACAUCCUAGGUGAUGACCUUUCACAAUGGCUUCAGCUUCUUCAGGAGAUUAGAAAGAGUCGUGCCACAUUCGAUACUUCUGAAGUCAGCCGCGGAUUCGGUAACAUUAGAAUUGACUACGAGCAGGUUCAAACCAAGGUCAAUGCCAAAUAUGACCAGUGGCAGCAUGAAAUCCUCGUGAAAUUCGGCUCCAAGCUUGGUGGACGUAUGAGAGAGGUUCAUUCGGAAAUCGCUGCUGCUCGCAGAGACCUCGAAGGUCAGACCUUGGAGGCUUCUUCUACUGCUCACGCCGUGUCAUUCAUCACCAUCGUGCAGCAGUGCAAGCGAAAGACUCGAGUCUGGGAGCCCGAGGUGGACCUCUUCCGCCAAGGACAAACCACCCUGGCUCGCCAGCGCUACCAAUUCCCCAAUGACUGGCUCCACGUUGAGAAUGUUGAUGGCGAGUGGACAGCGCUGAACGAGCUCCUGAACCGCAAGAGCAAAAUUGUCCACGAGCAGACUGAAGGCUUGCGCGCGAAGAUCACCGCAGAGGACCGAGUCAUUGCUGAUAAGAUUGCGGAAGUCAUUGUUCAAUGGAACGACGAGAAGCCCGUUUCUGGCACCAUUCCACCUGAAGAAGCCUCUCGCACCCUCAGCUCAUUCCAAUCUCGCCUUGAGUCUCUUCAGUCCGAGUUCGAGAUGGUCUCCAAGGCCAAGGAAGCUCUUGAUCUCACUGCGAGCGCCGAAUCAUCCCUUCCUCCGAUUCUCGAGGAGGUCCAGGACUUCAUGUCCGUUUGGGCUGCUCUUGCGACAAUUUGGAACAGUCUUAAUGAUCUUCGCGAUGGGCUUUGGACCAGCGUGCAGCCUAGAAAGCUCCGACAGGCUCUUGACAAUCUGAUCAAGAUGACCAAGGAGAUGCCCAGUCGAAUGAGACAAUAUGCAGCCUUUGAGCAUAUCCAAAACGUCUUGCGCCAGUUGUUGAAGGUCAACACCCUUCUUUCGGAUAUGAAGUCUGAAGCUGUGAAGGAGCGACACUGGCACAAGAUCUACAAAAGUCUUAGACCCGACAAGCGGUUUUCCCUCGUCUCCUUGACUCUUGGCGAUGUUUGGGACUUGCAGCUCGCAUCAAGUGAUGCUAUCAUCCGUGCAAUUAUUGCACAGGCUCAGGGCGAGAUGGCACUAGAAGAGUUCCUGAAAUCUGUUCGCGAGACUUGGCAAAAUUACUCUCUUGAUUUGGUACACUACCAGAACAAAUGCCGUCUCAUCAAAGGAUUCGACGACUUGUUUGCCAAGUGCAGCGAGAACUUGAACUCACUUCAGGCCAUGAGACAUUCGCCUUACUACAAGGAAUUCGAGGAGGAAGCUACAGCCUGGGAGGAUAAGCUGAACCGUGUCCAUGUUCUGUUUGACGUCUGGAUCGAUGUCCAGCGACAAUGGGUUUACCUUGAAGGUGUUUUCACAGGAAAUGCCGACAUCAAGCAUCUGCUCCCAUUGGAAUCCGGCCGUUUCCAAAACAUCAACUCCGAGUUCUUCGCUGUGAUGAAGAAGGUGUACAAGUCUCCAUUCGUUCUGGAUGUACUUGCUAUCGUUGAUGUCCAAAAGUCCCUGGAAAGAUUGGCCGACUUGCUGAACAAGAUCCAAAAAGCUCUUGGUGAAUACUUGGAGCGCGAGCGUGUCUCAUUCCCUCGCUUCUACUUCGUGGGUGAUGAAGAUCUUUUGGAAAUCAUUGGUAACAGCAACGACAUCUUCCGCGUUGCCAAGCAUUUCAAGAAGAUGUUUGCCGGUAUGUCAGGCCUUGUCAUGGACGAUGACAACAACAUCGUUGCAUUCACAUCAAAGGAAGGGGAGGAAGUUCGUCUCAAGAAAGAGGUCAACCUCCUCAAGACUCCUCGUAUCAACGAUUGGCUUUCCGCCCUGGAAACCAACAUGAAGUUGACUUUGGCGGAGCUUCUUGGCGAAGCCGUUGAACAAUUCGAUACCCUUUACAACGCGACGGAUGUUGACCGAACUGCUUUCAACGACUUCCUUGCAAAUUACCCUGCUCAAAUCGUCGUCCUUGCCAGUCAAGUUGUCUGGACCAACUCAGUACAAAAGUCUUUGGAGGAAGGUGGAGAAAGCCUUCCGGCAUUGCAUGGAGCCGAGAUUCGGAUCCUCGAGCUGCUGGCUGCAACAGUUCUCGGUGAACUCGACCCCAUCACCCGCAAGAAGUGUGAGCAUAUGAUUACGGAAUUCGUUCACCAAAGAGAUUGUAUCGCCAAACUUAUCAGUCUCAAUGCUACCUCGCCCACGCACUAUCACUGGCUACUUCAGAUGCGUUACGUCUACGAGCCGGAGGGCGACUUCUUGCAGCGUCUGUACGUUCACAUGGCCAAUGCCAAGCUCAAUUACGGAUUUGAGUACUUGGGUGUUCCCGAGCGUCUUGUUCGCACUCCGCUUACGGAUCGUUGUUUCCUUACCCUCACUCAAGCUCUCUGUCAACGACUGGGUGGUUCUCCUUACGGUCCUGCAGGUACUGGUAAGACCGAGUCCGUCAAGGCAUUGGGUCUGCAACUUGGUCGCUUCACUCUUGUGUUCUGUUGUGACGACACGUUCGAUUUCCAGGCAAUGGGCCGCAUCUUCCUUGGUAUUUGCCAGGUGGGUGCCUGGGGUUGUUUCGAUGAGUUCAACCGUCUUGAAGAGCGUAUUUUGUCCGCUGUUUCACAGCAAAUCCAGAACAUCCAGAUUGGUCUCAAGAACAACAAUGACGGUGACAAAUCUCAGAUCGACCUCGUUGGCAGACGUCUCGCUGUUAACUCCAACACUGGAAUUUUCAUCACUAUGAACCCUGGUUAUGCCGGUCGUUCCAACCUGCCGGACAACUUGAAGAAGCUGUUCCGCAGUGUUGCCAUGUCCAAGCCGGACAAGGAGCUGAUUGCUGAAGUCAUGCUGUUCUCCCAGGGCUUCAAGCAGGCUAAGCCUCUGUCCAAGCAAACCGUUCCCUUCUUCGACCACUGUGCUUCCCGGCUGUCUAAGCAAGCCCACUACGACUUCGGUCUGCGUGCUUUGAAGAGUGUCCUUGUUAGUUCAGGUGGUCUAAAGCGUACUCGUCUUGCAAACUCCGACGGUGACCUUGGGCCUGAUGAUAUCAUCGAGCCACAAAUCAUUGUUCAAAGUCUGCGGGAAACAAUCGCACCCAAGCUUGUCCGCGAGGAUGUUGAGACCAUGCUGGAAAUCCAAAUGGAAGAUUUCGCUGGCGUUGAUUAUGUGCCCGCCAAUUUCGAAGAACUCACUCAGGCAAUCCGGGAUAUCGCUACCAAGGAGCAACAUCUUGUGGAUAGUGAAAUGUGGAUCACCAAGGCGCUCCAACUCUAUCAGAUUCAAAGCAUCCACCAUGGUGUGAUGAUGGUUGGAAAGUCAGGAGCCGGUAAAUCUGCAGCCUGGAAGAUUCUCCUGCAGGCAAUGCAGCGCGUUGAGGGUGUUGAGGGUGUCUCCCACAUUAUUGAUUCCAAGGUUAUGUCGAAGGAGGCCCUCUAUGGUAACCUUGACAGCACCACCCGUGAGUGGACUGACGGUCUCUUUACUGGAAUCCUGAGAAAGAUUGUGGAUAACCUCAGAGGUGAGGACAGCAAGCGCCAUUGGAUCGUAUUCGAUGGCGACGUGGACCCCGAAUGGGUUGAGAACUUGAACAGUGUUUUGGAUGACAACAAACUCCUAACACUCCCCAAUGGAGAGCGUCUCAAUCUUCCUCCAAAUGUGCGCAUCAUGUUUGAGGUUGAGAGUUUGAAGUAUGCUACACUCGCCACAGUCAGUCGUUGUGGUAUGGUGUGGUUCAACGCCGAUACCGUUACUCCAACGAUGAUGAUUUCCAACUACGUCGAAAGUCUCAGAACCAAAGUUUUCGAAGACUUGGAUGAAGACAGUGCGCCUAUGGGUACCGGAGUGGUUCGAGCGCAGGAUGCCCAGGACACAGUUGCCACUAUUCUCAAGCAGUUCCUGGAGGUUGACGAUCUUGUUCUCAAGGCCUUGGACGAGGCUAAGAAAUACAACCAUAUCAUGGAGUUCACCGACAUUCGCGCCCUCAACACUCUCUUUAGCUUGUUGAACAAGGCCUGCCGCAACGUCCUUGAAUACAAUGCGCAGCAUCCAGACUUCCCUCUCGACCCUGAACAGAUCGAGUCGUACAUGUCCAAAAAGCUCCUGCUGACCUUGGUUUGGUCUCUAACUGGUGACUGUCCCCUGAGCGACCGCAAGGCCUUUGGACAAUAUGUCACGGGAAUGUCUACCAUUGAUCUUCCACCAGAUGGUGACUCUUCCCUCAUUGAUUACGACGUCACCUUGCCUAAGUCUGAAUGGACCAGCUGGCAGUCACAGGUACCCACGAUUGAUAUCAACACCCAUUCCGUCACUCAAACAGACGUGAUCAUCCCCACUGUUGAUACUGUUCGCCACGAGGAUGUACUUUACUCUUGGCUCGCCGAGCAUAAGCCACUGCUGCUUUGCGGUCCCCCUGGAUCUGGUAAGACCAUGACUUUGUUCGCCGCACUCCGAAAGCUUCCCAACAUGGAGGUUGUUGGCCUCAAUUUCUCAAGUGCCACGACACCUGAUCUUUUGAUCAAGACAUUCGAGCAAUAUUGCGAGUAUAAGAAGACCCUCAGUGGUGUUGUUAUGUCUCCAAACCAGAUUGGCCGCUGGCUUGUCAUCUUCUGUGACGAGAUUAAUCUUCCCGCCCCCGAUCGUUACGGCACCCAGCGUGCUAUCUCCUUCUUGCGACAGCUUGUUGAGCAAAAUGGCUUCUGGAGAACCACAGAUAAGACCUGGGUUACUCUGGAUCGCAUCCAGUUUGUUGGUGCUUGUAACCCUCCUACCGAUGCCGGUCGUACGCCCAUGGCCGAGAGAUUCCUUCGCCAUGCACCCCUUGUCAUGGUCGACUAUCCCGGUGAAAUCUCUCUCAACCAGAUUUACGGCACGUUCAAUUCUGCUGUUCUCAAGAUUCUCCCCUUGCUGCGCGGAUACUCCGAUGCCCUCACCAAGGCUAUGGUCCAGUUCUAUCUCGAAUCCCAAUCUAGAUUCACACCUCAGAUUCAACCCCAUUACGUGUACUCGCCCCGUGAGCUCACUCGUUGGGUUCGUGGUCUUUAUGAAGCUAUCAAGCCUCUUGAAACCCUUUCUAUCGAGGGUCUCAUCCGCAUUUGGGCACAUGAAGCUUUGCGUUUGUUCCAAGACAGACUGGUAGCCGAAGAUGAAAGAGCUUGGACGGCAGAUGCCGUUCGCCGUAUUGCAUUGGAACAUUUCCCCACGAUCGAUGACCAAGAAGCCCUCAAGGGCCCCAUUCUGUUCUCGAACUGGCUAUCCAAGAAUUACAUUCCAGUUGAGCAGGAGAGUCUUCGUGACUUUGUCAAGGCACGUCUCAGGACAUUCUGCGAGGAAGAAGUGGAUGUUCCGCUUGUGCUGUUCAAUGACGUCCUUGAACAUGCCCUGCGCAUUGACCGAGUCUUCCGCCAGCCUCAGGGCCAUCUCAUUCUUAUUGGUGUGAGCGGAAGUGGAAAGACGACAUUGUCUCGCUUCGUCGCUUGGAUGAAUGGUCUGAAGGUCUUCCAAAUCAAGGUACACGGAAAGUACUCCUCGGAGGACUUCGAUGAUGACCUUCGUAGCGUGCUCCGCCGGGCUGGAUGUAAGGGCGAGAAGAUUUGCUUCAUUAUGGACGAGUCCAACGUUCUCGAUUCUGGAUUCCUGGAGCGCAUGAACACCUUGCUUGCGAACGCGGAAGUCCCUGGUCUGUUCGAGGGCGAUGAGUUCUCUUCGCUGAUGACUGCUUGUAAAGAAGGAGCUCAACGCCAAGGUCUUCUUCUUGAUUCGCAAGAGGAGCUUUACAAGUGGUUCACGCAGCAGAUUGUCAAGAACCUCCACGUCGUCUUUACCAUGAACCCGCCCGAGGAAGGCCUUUCUUCAAAGGCAGCCACCAGUCCCGCCUUGUUCAAUCGUUGCGUGCUUAACUGGAUGGGUGACUGGUCUGACCAAGCCUUGUUCCAGGUUGGCUCCGAGCUUACUCAAUCCGUUGAUUUGGACAAACCGAACUUUGUUUCACCUGACAGCAUUCCAGUGGCCUACCGCGAAUUGUCUCUUCCGGCGUCGCAUAGGGAUACUGUCAUCAAUUCCAUGGUCUACAUUCAUCAUUCGCUGCAUCGAUUCAACGGGCGCCUCCAGAAGCAGCAAGGGCGCGCGACUUUCCUCACUCCUCGUCAUUACCUUGACUUUGUUGCUCAGUACGUCAGUCUGUUCAAUGAAAAGCGUGAGGAUCUCGAGGAACAGCAACGUCACUUGAACAUCGGUCUCGAAAAGCUUCACGAUACUGUCGACAAAGUGAGCGAUCUACGUGGCAGUCUUGCUCAAAAGAAGACCCAACUGGAGAAGAAAGACACUGAGGCGAAUGAGAAGCUCCAACGUAUGGUUGCUGAUCAACAAGAGGCAGAACAGCGCAAGCAAGUUUCCUUGGAAGUACAGGCCGCAUUGAAGGUGCAAAACGAGGAAGUGGCAAGUCGGCGAGAGGUCGUUCUGCGUGAUCUGGCCCGCGCGGAACCUGCAGUCGAGGAAGCUAUGAAGAGUGUCAGCAACAUCAAGCGUCAACAUCUUACUGAAGUUCGGUCCAUGGGUAAUCCCCCUGCCAGCGUACGACUUGCGCUUGAAGCAGUGUGCACGCUCCUUGGUCACACUGUUGAUAGUUGGAAGACCAUUCAGGGUCUGAUUCGUCGCGAUGAUUUCAUUGCCAGCAUUGUGAACUACGACAAUGCCUCCCAGAUGACACGCAAGCACCGUGUUAAGAUGCAGAAUGAGUUCUUGUCGAAGGAAGACUUCACCUAUGAGCGAGUUUUCCGUGCCAGCAAGGCUUGUGGACCUCUCGUUCAAUGGGUCGAAGCCCAGGUCAACUACUCCACGAUCCUUGACCGCAUUGGCCCUCUUCGUGAGGAGGUCGAUGAACUCGAGGCAAAGGCGCUGCAAACUAAGGCAGAGGCACAGGCUAUCGACAACACUAUUAAUGACCUCGAAAGCAGCAUUGCGACCUACAAGGCUGAAUAUGCCACCUUGAUCAGUGAAACGCAGGCGAUCAAGGCCGAGAUGACUCGGGUCCAAUUCAAGGUCGAUCGCAGUGUUCGCUUGCUUGAUAGCUUGUCAUCAGAGCGGCAGCGUUGGGAAGAGGGCAGCAAGUCAUUCGAAACCCAAAUCAGCACUCUCGUUGGUGAUGUCUUGAUUGCAGCAGCAUUCCUCGCUUACGCUGGUCUCUAUGAUCAACAAUUCCGCAAGGCCAUGACCGAGGACUGGGUUCACCAGCUGGGGGCUUCUGGAAUCGACUUCAAGCCUCACAACCCAAUCACCGAAUACCUCUCCAACGCCGAUGAGCGCCUUACAUGGCAAGAACAUUCGCUCCCCGUUGAUGACCUUUGCACCGAGAAUGCCAUCAUCUUGAAGAAGUUCAACCGAUACCCUCUCAUCGUCGACCCAUCUGGUCGGACCACAGAAUUCCUGCAGAAAGAAAGCAAGGAGAGGAAACUCACAGUCACGAGUUUCUUGGACGAUUCCUUCGUCAAGCAAUUGGAGAGCGCCUUGCGUUUCGGAAACCCUAUCCUCAUUCAGGAUGCCGAGCACUUGGACCCCAUUCUCAAUCACGUUCUCAACAAGGAGUAUCAGAAGACCGGUGGCCGUGUCCUCAUCCAAUUGGGCAGACAAGAAAUCGAUUUCUCGCCGUCGUUCAAGCUCUUCCUUUCGACUCGGGAUCCAUCUGCUUCUUUCCCACCAGACAUCUGCAGUCGUACCACUUUUGUCAACUUUACAGUCACGCAGAGCAGUUUGCAGACCCAGUCAUUGAACGAUGUCUUGAAGUUCGAACGUCCCGAUGUUGACGAGCGCCGCAACAACCUUGUCAAGAUGCAAGGCGAGUUCAAGGUCCACCUUCGACAACUUGAGAAACGUCUCCUGCAAGCUCUGAACGAGUCUCGAGGCAACAUUCUUGAUGAUGAUAAUGUCAUUGAAACCCUCGAGACCCUCAAGAAAGAAGCUGCCGAUAUUUCCAAGAAGAUGGACGAGACUGAAGGUGUCAUGGCUGAAGUGGACAAUGUUACGCAGAAGUACAGCAUCAUUGCCCGAUCGUGCAGUGCGGUGUUUGCAGUGCUGGAGCAACUGCACCACAUCAACCACUUCUAUCAAUUCUCCCUCCAAUACUUCGUCGACAUCUUCAACUCUGUGCUUUACCAGAACAAGCGCCUUGCACAAGAAAAGGAUCACUCUGCACGAGUCCAAAUCAUCAUUCGGGAUCUGUUCAUCAAUACCUACCAGCGAACAUCCUUGGGUCUCGUUCAAAAGGAUCGGGUCACACUCGCCAUUCUGCUUGCCCAAGCUACGCCUUUCCCCAUGGACAGGACUCUUCUCGACCGCGUAUUGGACGAAACAUUGCAGGGAUCCGAUCUAUCCACUGAUGUCGAUUGCCGCGAAGAAGUGAUGUCCAGGCUCGCCAAUAUGUCUAUCUUCAAGGAUUAUCUUCCUAACAUCACUCAAGAACAAUGGGAUCGUUUCUUCAACGAAGAGCUGGCAGAGAACUUCAUCCCACCCAUGUGGGACGAGAAUGUUUCGGAACUUGAUCAGCUCCUUCGGUCCUUGCUGCUUGUCAAGGUCUGUCGCAUGGAUCGAUUUGUGCCGACCGCAGAGCGCUUCGUUGUCGCUGUUUUCGGCCGGGAGCUCUACGAGGGUGGCGCCGAUCUCCAACAUGUUGUUGAACAAGUGACUGCAACUCGACCUAUCGCCCUCAGCUCAAGCCCCGGCUUUGAUGCCAGUUACAAGGUGGAUGCCCUGGUUGAGUCCACCCGUGCAACCUGUGCCAAUAUCGCCAUGGGUUCCAACGAAGGUCUCGAGAGUGCAGACAAGGCCAUCAGCAAUGCGGCCGCAGUUGGCAAUUGGGUUUUGGUCAAGAACGUUCACCUGGCACCUGCUUGGCUUCAGAGUUUGGAGAAGCGUCUGGAUUCGCUCAAGCCACACCCACAGUUCCGCCUCUUCUUGUCGAUGGAGUCAAGCCCCAAGAUUCCUGUCAAUUUGAUCAGAGCAUCACGUGUGUUAAUGUACGAGCAACCUGCGGGUGUUCGUGCCAACAUGAAGGAUUCGCUUUCCUCGCUGAACGCCAGAGCAAGCAAGCCCCCUGUCGAGAAGGCUCGUGUCUACCUCCUGCUCUGUUUCUUGCAUGCAGUGGUUCAAGAGCGACUUCGCUACGCGCCAAGCCUUGGAUGGAAGGGCUUCUGGGAAUUCAACGACAGCGAUUACGAAUGCUCGGCUUAUAUCAUUGACCACUGGGUCGACAGUGUCGCUCAAGGCCGUUCCAAUGUUGCACCGCAGAAGAUUCCCUGGGAGAUGAUCCGCACCCUAGUCGCAGAAAUGUAUGGAGGCAAGAUCGAUGACGCGGAAGACUACCGACAGCUCGAAAGCCUGGUCCACAGCUUCCUUACCCCCGCUGCAUUUGAAGACGACUACAAGCUUGUCUCGGAUGUUGAGAACGACGAUCUGCUCACCCUCCCCGGCACAACCAGCAUGCGUGACUUCGUUACCUGGGUCAACAAACUACCGGAGCGUGAGCCUCCUACUUACCUCGGUCUCCCUGCCAAUGCCGAAAAGCUUUUGUUGGUCGGCCAUGGCCGGAAAAUGAUCUCUGAUCUGUCUCGAGUUACAACUCUCCUUGACGAAGGUGAACAGUUGAUGGUGGAUAACUGA